AUGCCCCGUGCCACUGCCGCUGCUACCCGAGCCCGCGCGCGGGUGUGGAGCAGCCGCUCAUCCGCAUCAAGCGAAGAUGAGGACCGGCUGAAUGCUGAGAUCGAAUACGAGUCGAGCGAGCUCUCGGAGCUCGACAAUGAUUCCGACUACACCCCCGAGAGUGAAGAUGAGGGCCGCACGCCCGACAACUACGAGAGCCAUCAUUACCAGGUCCGAGAUCCCGUCUGGGUGAAGCCCAAAGGGUGCCCGGAGUGGUACCGCGGCCGGGUGGUCAAAGUGCAGCCCGUGUCGCGGGAAAGCAGGAAACGGGGGCCGCUGUACCUCGUCGUGUUCCGGCGGCAGUACACGAAUAUGCGGGACUGCUUCGCGCCGCGCGAGGGCACGAUCAGGCCCGACUCGCCUCGUGUCCGCGCCCUCAUCUUCAACUCCGGCUCAUGA